CACUAAGAGCUCUGUCGUACAUUCAGAAGUAUUCACGUGUCAAAGCGUACUCGUCGACGCAGCAGGUCGGAGUGUAGUAUACACAACUAUUUAUUACUACAAGAACAUUACAUAUUGUUGUAGGUGUACAGUGACUGAAAUACUAUUUAAAUUGUUUUCUAUUUUAUUUCAAGUUAUAAACUUAACACUUCCGAUAAAUAAAAAGCAGCAAAAAUGGCACCAAAACAAAGAAUGCGUAUCGCAAACGAAAGAGCUACAAAAAACAUCACACUUCGUGGAAAUGUUCCAAAGUCAUCGAAACCACAAGAUCAAGGAUCUCCAGUUGGACCUUGUCUAUUAGCACUCUUCAUCUUUGUUGUAUGUGGUUCUGCUGUAUUCCAAAUAAUUCAGAGUAUUAGAAUGGCUUAAGAAAAUCAAAAGCAUGUGAAGUUAAAACGAUGUUGCUGUUAUUGUUAAUAUGAAAAGAAGCUGUCUACAUCUUACUGGUAUAUAAGCGAGAUCAACAGACUGUUCUAUUGUAAAAACAUAAUGAUAUUGACAUGAAACUGAACUCAAAUUUCCACUAAAUAAUAUCCUUCUUUUUGCUACAACUCAAAGGAAUGAAUCUAGCAUUUAUAAACAUUUUACUUAAUUGUAUAUGUAUCAAUGAAAGAAUAUUGCAUUUAAUGUAUUUUUGUUUUGUAGAUAUCAAACAAAAUGUUACAUCUUGAGUAUGACUUCAAUCUGUUCUAUAGCUUUGCAUAGCAUUUUUCAUUUUGAGUCUUAUGAAAAGCUUCAAUUCUUUCAUUGAUACCUAUAUAUAGUAAAUAAUUGUACAUACAUGUGAUCAAUUUAUUGUAUCAAUUCAUUAAUCAAAGCAUUCCACUGUAAACAGUUGGUAGCUUUUGGUUGUCUAUAUAUUUUAGAGGCCUUAAGACAUGAUAAGUCAUUAUACAUGUAAAAAUAUAUAUUAUAUAUAUUAUCAAUGUAAUUUAUCCUAAUGAAAUA